GUUUCGUGGCGGAGGGCAGCGACUGGGCACCAGCGGCCCGGAGAGAGAGAAACACAGCGGAGCCGCACGUCCACUCACAGCCCACAGCAAACACACAGACACAGGCGAGCAGAGAGUCAACAUCAUGAACCCUGUCUACAGCCCUGCACCAACAGGGGUUCCUUAUGCCAACCCUAAAGGAAUAGGAUACCCAGCUGGGUUUCCUGUUGGCUAUGCAGCGGCUGCCCCUGCGUAUUCUCCCAACGUGUACGCUGGAGCUAACCCAGCUUUUCCCACAGGUUACGCUCCAGGGACACCAUUCAAAAUGUCCUGCUCCCCAACGACAGGUGCUGUGCCUCCCUACUCUUCAUCACCCAACCCCUACCCUGCCGCUGUGUACCCCGUGAGGAGCUCUUAUCCUCAGCAGAAUCCCUAUGCUCAGCAGCAAGGCACUUACUACACACAGCCCCUGUACGCUGCCCCUCCCCAUGUAAUUCAUCAUACUACAGUGGUUCAGCCCAAUGGCAUGCCAGCAGCUAUAUAUGCUCCUCCCAUCCCCCCUCCCCGUCCUAAUGGAGUCGCCAUGGGAAUGGUAGCAGGCACCACUAUGGCAAUGUCCGCUGGGACUUUAUUAACAACUCACUCCCCAACUCCAGUAGCUCCCCACCCAGUCACAGUGCCCACAUAUCGACCCCCCGGCACACCCACCUACAGCUAUGUGCCCCCUCAGUGGUGAACAGAUGGCACUGUCAGAAGGUGGUAGAUAUGCAUUCGCACAGUCCAGUAUUUUACAGUUACAGUUGGGGCUGAUGCCACAUGUGUUUCCAGCCAGUUGUUCUUCCUUCCAAGCAUAAUGUGAAUCUGAACCCAGUUGGCA